GCGGGCGCCGCCGGGACGCGGAGAGCGAGGUCGCGGCCGCUGAGGGGCGCGCGUUCACGCAACACCUCCCCCCACGAGCGUUGCCGGCUGCUUCCGGCUGGGGCGCGAAUGUGGCCGCCGUGCCGGGCGCUCCAGGCCCAGGCCCUGGCCCUGGCCCUGGCGCGGUCGCGGAGAGCCCGCGCCUGCAGCGAGGACGGAGGCGUCUCCUACACGCAGGGCCAGAGCCCCGAACCCCGGACACGCGAGUACUUCUACUACGUGGACCAUCAGGGCCAGCUUUUCCUGGAUGAUUCCAAAAUGAAGAAUUUCAUCACCUGCUUCAAAGACCUGCAGUUCCUGGUCACCUUCUUCUCCCGCCUGAGACCCAACCGCACCGGGCGCUACGAGACCUCCUUCCCCUUCCUUUCGCCCUGUGGCAGAGAGCGCAACUUCCUGCGCUGUGAGGACCGGCCGGUGGUCUUUACGCACCUGCUGGCCGCGGGCAGUGGGCCCCCGCGCCUCUCCUACUGCGGCGGCGGCGAGGCCCUAGCCGUGCCCUUCGAGCCGGCGCGCCUGCUGCCCCUGGCCGCCAACGGGCGCCUGUACCACCCGGCGCCGGAGCGCGCGGGCGGCGUGGGCCUGGUGCGUUCAGCCCUGGCCUUCGAGCUGAGCGCCUGCUUCGAGUACGGGCCUGGCUCGCCCUCGCUGCCCUCGCACGUGCGCUGGCAGGGCCACCGCCUCGCUCUCACCAUGGACCUGGCCCCGCUGCUGCUCCCGGCUCAGCCGCCCUAAACUGCGGGCGGGGAUGGGUCGGGAGACAGCCGGCGCGCCCAGAGUCCCCAUCAGCUCGCCGGAUACUCCCGGGCAUUCCCAGUGCACCGCCCCCGCCCGCGGCGUCCUUGUGCCCCU